AUGCGCAAUCCCGUCGCGUGUGUGUCCUGCAGGUCCGCGAAACAGAAGUGCAUCCACGAAGACCGGCCGCCGUGCGACAGGUGCAAGCAGUGCGGGCGCGCCGAUCGGUGCGAGUUCCCAGCGCCAGGAACCAGCGCGAUACACCGCAAGCCCAAGCGACCACGGCCCUCUGAAGAUGCAGGAGACACGCCGACACCCGUCAACUCGAGUACGACGAGUGUAGCGCCCCAUCAGGGCCGCCAUGACGCACAUCUGCCGACCGGCACCCAGGCGGCACAGCACGCGUCGCCGAAUGCGGCAUCCGCGCUGCUCGACGGCCUCGAUCCCUUUGAGCUGCUGACAGACGAGGUCAAGAACAGCUACCUCCGAUGCAGCUACAAGUGGAGUUUCCACCACACGCCGACGUUGCUGCGCAAGAUCCGCGACCGCACCCUCGAGCCAUGGAUGGCCUGGGCGAUCCUGGCACUGGCCAUCAGAUUCGUCAAGGAGCCGCCGUCGCCCUUCCGGUCGCAGACUGAAGCCAGCAAUGCCUAUGCCGCCCACGCCCGCCAGAUCCUGCAGCAGGACCUCGAGACGCCCUCGAUAAGCCGCGUCCAAGCCCUGUUGAUGCUGACGGGCCACGACUGGGGCGCCGGCAAUGGAAGGCGGGCCUGGAUAUACUUGGGCAUGGCCAUACGGCUCGUCGAAGUCAUGGACCUGACGCGCGAGACGGGCAUACCGCGAAACCGCGUGCCGACGCGCGAGGAGUUCAUCGAGGCGGAAGUGCGCCGACGGACUGCCUGGACCUGCUUCCUCAUGGACUCGCUGCUCAGUGGCGGCAAGGGGCGCAAGAGAUCCUUGACCGCCGCCGACAUGAAGAUCCAGCUACCCUGCGAGCGCGAGGACUUUGUCUUCGGGGAGCCUGUAUGCACACCGCAGCUAGACAACACACAGCGCAUGCCGCCAGUAGCUCUGCCAGUGGGAGAGAUUGGCAUUAUUGGAUACAGCAUGCGCGCUGCCAACAUAUGGGGCAAGGUCGCGCGCUGGGCGUGCUCCGAAGACCUCAAGAGCGAACUGCCGUGGGCCUCCUCGUCGCAAUUCCAGCAGCUCAUAUACGAACUCGAAGGCUGGAAGGCCUCGCUCCCGCAGCGCCUGCAGUACGACCUUUUCACCCUCCACAGCCACAAUGCCGUCGAGCAAGGCCAAGCGUAUUGCUACAUGCACUGCAUACACUUUAUGAGCUACAUGUUCCUGCAUCGCGCCUACCUGCCCGUCCUGGGACCGCAACAGAACGGGGCGAACCCCGAAGAGACGCCCAACUCCUACGACGAACACCGUGACAUGUGGAAGAAAUGGGAGAAGACUUCACGCAAGGAGCUGUUCAAAGACUCGGUCAUGGUCCUAGACAUGCUCGAGGAGAUGCGCACUUUCGGCGUGUACUUCCUGAGAGGCCUAGUUCCGUGGAUCGGCUUCACCAUCUACACUGCAGUCGGCGCAAUGCUGUACAGCUUCAACUUCCCCAGUGGUGAUGACGAUCCUCGCUGGCGGGAGAAGGCGCGCAAGAGCGUCAUCCAGGGCUGCAACUUCCUGAAGGAGAUGAAGACGCAAUGGCCCAUGGCAGAAACCUGGUAUGAUACCAUCAGGCGCAUGCAAGCGUACUACCGCUCGAUACUUGGCCAGGACGGCCCGGCAUCACCCGAAGAACGACGAGCCUUGCGACAUGCCAUGAUCGACUACGGCGCGUUGCAGCCCUCGCCUGUACAAAAGCCAGCUGAUGCUCGAGACAUCGCUUCCAGCAGGUCCCCUUCACAGCAGCACAACGAUCGCAAACCCAUGAUCGCCAACCUUACCAACCCACCCGUUAGAAGUCCCCUACCCGCUACAAGCCCCAUGCCUGCCGCAGCGCCCACGCCCAACAGCUACUCAUCAAACUUCUCGUGGAACACGCCUCCAGCGGUGCCCCCAUUGGAGGCUGACGAAACCUUCAACCUCGACUCGUUCGAAUCAUUUGCCCUAACGAAUGAAGAAUUAGAGGCUAUGAUGAUCAAUGCGACACAGGAAUUUUGGGCUAGCUUCCCGGGCGAAGUGGGUGUGGGAUAUUAG